UCAAAGUCAAACUGGUCCAACUGCAGACGACGACUAAAAAAAGGAAAAACAAUAUCGUUUAUGUAAAAGGUUUGAUUUGUGCAGAAAUUAUUUCCUUCUAAGAAUUGGAUUUAUCACAAACUUGCAUUCCCAUAAAAAAAUUAUAAAUGGAUAAACCAGAAGAUGAAAAAUAUUGGUCAUCAUCAGCCACAAAAGGAUUUGACUUUGACUCUGAAGAAAAUGAACAUGCUGGUGACAUUUUUGGAGCAACUCCAUUGCAGACUGCACAACUGUCAAAGGAGGUCCAGCAAAACAUUCCACAUCAGCCAGUGGUAUCAAGAGGUGAAACUCAUAGGAAAUUGUCAAAUUCACUAUCAUCACUUAGCACUUGUAGCAACUCAAGCUACAAAUUCAAUACAAGCCAACCCACCAAACAAUGUGAAGUGACCUGCAAACUACUUUCUUCAACAAUAAAUGAUGAAACUAUGUCUAGUCCCAAAGAUGUGGUGAGGUCAAUUUUUCUUGGAAUGUCUUAUGAUUUAAGUUGCUUUAAGAAACUAAGUGACAAGAAAAUCCUGCUAGAUGAAGCUCUGAAAUUAGGUGAUGGUGAUGUCAUCUGUGCAGUUCUUCUUUUCCUUCAAAAAAGUUUGCAUCAGGUGGUUUUGUUUCCUCUUCUGAAAGAAAGAUACGUUGCGGCCCGUGAGUACAUUGCGAUCUUGGAAAAGCAAAAGUGUUUUAAAGAAGCAGCAAUCCUAUGUGGUGAACUGCAACAGACCAAAGAAGCUGUAGUCCAUUUAUAUAAUAGCUGCUUCAGAGAAGGGGAGCAAACUAUUCAGUCUUCUCUAGAACAGAUUUAUAAAAACGAAUUAAAAAAUUUCAAGCAAAUAGAAGUUGAAUCUGAGAUUAUAGAAGAACACAUCCUACUAUUGGAAAGACAAGGUCCAAUUGCUGUUACCAGAGCUCGUCUUCCGCAAUCUGAAAUAGAUGAUACAAGGACAUCGCCAUUCAUUGGGAAAGCUGUUACGGCUCAAAAUUUAGUAGGAUCUUCACUACUUUCCACUUUGCAGUAUUGUUGUCGCCACAACUGGGACGCUCCCGAAAAUCUAUUGGCUUCCCCCAUAGGACUUAAAAAAACUUUCAAAUUGACGGAAAGGCAAUUCCUUUGGAACGCGUUUAUUGGAAGAAUCUUGAUGAACGAAGAUCCACUUCCAAUCCUUCUCGUGAAGGGCAUGUUUGGUGCACCAAAAAUAUCUGCAAGUCUUUCAAUUCCACGGAUCUUAGAAAUAGCAUCAAAUUUGAAUGGCAAACCAAACCUAUUUGACCAGUUACUAUUGUUGGUUGAAAAAUCUGAAAAGCGAUACCAAUUAGCGAAGAAAUACCAACGUCACCGCAUCGUCAUUGAUGUGCUGAUUAGUAACAAGGAUCGAAUAAGUCUGCUCCAGUACAGAGAUUCUAUUGACGACCAAAGUGAGAUUGAUUACAUAAAUAACACAUUAAGAGUAUCGGUGAGUUCCGUGAAAUGUUUUAAUCAUUAAAAAGUGAAGUUAAAGCAUUUCAUUUCCUCUGAUAGAGCACCCGAUGGAAAAACUAGGAUGAAUGCAUACUCAAAAUUGAUACCAAACGCUACUCAUUUGUGAUCUUUGUCAUGUUGUUGUUUCUUUUAUUUUAUUUUUUUUUUCAAAUGCCAUUGUCUCACUUCCGCUCCUUCCUGUUUUGUAAAUAAACAAUUCAAUAUUUCUAAAAUCA